AUGACCUUUGACCCCAGUAAAAGCUGGUCUCUCCAAGAAGAGCUCCAGCAGUUGAUCACCCAGAUCGAAGCAGUUCCCUUUUGGGUUGAUGAAUCCUCCUCCAUCUGGCUCGAAGACACCGCGUCCUUUUGGAUCGACGAUUCAAACUCCUCCGCCAGCUCGGACGAUUCAUUUACAGACAUGAACAACACAAAGCGCAAGUUCAAUGCGCUGCUAAACAGCAUCGGCAGCUCGUCCUCCGAUCUCACACACACCACCAAACAGGCCCGAACAUCCUACGAUGGCGCCUUCCCCCGCUCCUCAAUCUCCUCGCCCAACCUCUCCACCUCAUCCCGUACAGCUGCAGUUGCCAGGAUGUCCAAGACUGAUUUGAAGUUCGCGGCCGCCAACUCGGCCAAGGCGCGUGGAACCGACGAGCCCGUCACGAAACCAUCCUUCCUCCCCGGCGACCGCGAGGACUUCCUCGAGCGUCUUGCUACCUUCCGCAACUUGACGGAUUGGAUGCCAAAGCCGCCAAAGGUCAACGAGGUUGCGUGGGCAAAGCGCGGCUGGGCGUGCCAGCGCCUCGAGCGCGUGCGCUGUGUUACUUGCUGCGUCGAGAUCAUGGUCAAGCUAAACAAGCAGGAGGAUGAGAAUGGGAAGCUUAUCAAGUUUGCCGGGAUGGAGAGUGACAUUGAACAAGCACUAGUAGACAAAUACGCCGACCUAAUGAUAACCUCCCACGACGUCCUCUGCCCCUGGCGCAAACGCGGCUGCGACGAAUCCAUCUUCAAGCAGCCCAUCUACCCCAUCACCACCACCUUCCAGGCCCUAAAGUCACGCUACGACUCGCUCCUCCCCAUGGCUGCUCUCCUUCCAGCUGAAUCCGUAUUCCUCCUCCCACCAACCUACGACCUCGACGCUAUUAUCGCACAACUCCCGCGCUCCUUCCCGGUAAAUGCAUCAUCGGAGGCGCCGCUGAACCGCGUCGCUCUCCUACUUGCCCUCUUCGGGUUCACCGCGCGCCCAGCGCAUGUCCCGAAACUCGGAUCGGCGGACUGCCGUGUCUGUUUCCGCACCGUGGGGCUGUGGCUAUACAGGCCUAAGACGAGUAAGCCUGCGGAUGGGAGCCCGGGAGUAGAGCGCGCGGCUGCUAUGGCGGCGCUUAAUCCGCUCGAAUGCCAUAAGGAGUAUUGUCCGUGGGUUAAUGCGGGGAGUCAGAAUGGGGGUGCAGCGGGAGGAAAGCCGAUCUGGGCGAUUUUAGGAGAGGCGAUUGGGAGGGAGGAUAAGGUUCGGAAGCAGGAUGAGGCAGGGAAGGGGGACAAGGGUGCCGCGACUGGUGCGGGGGAGACGCAUGUUGAGACGGAAGGGGAUGCGCGGGAUGAGGGGGAGUAUGAGAAGUUGAGGGAUGAGAAGGAUAAGGAGAGGUGGGCGAGGCUGAGGAAGGUGAAGAGCUUGUUUGAGGGGAAGGGGAAGAAGUUUUCGAAGACGAAGCAUUGAAGUGGGGUUAUUUGGCGUGUUUGGGGCUGCAUUUUCCAAUGGCUGGCUGGAGCUGAGAGAGGGAUAUAUUAUGGAGCGUGGCGAGGAGUUUGUAAGGAUAGAUACCCAAGUACUGUAUAAUGAAUUCUCAAUGGCAAGCAUGUUAUC